GGAAGAAGAACACGCCCCUUCGUCUUGCAAGCCAUGUGGCUGCUGCUGGUAAAUAAAGCUCCCUGCUAAACAUUUUGGACUUGACGUUACAUUGUGACACGUUUGACGCAAACUGGGGCUGCGCUGCGCGGAUACGACAACAACAACAACAAAAGGAAAAUGUCUGCGGACGUCGUGAACCUCCAGGCGCAGGUGGAGUCGGUGCUGGGGGCGCUGGUCCGAGCGGCCACGGUGGAGUUGACCCGACUGUUCGAGAGCAGAUACCGAGCGUCGGCCGCGGACAACAGGGAAAAGGAGAUAUCCGCGACACUGGGUGGUCUACUGACCGCGACCACCAAGCGCAGCAUCGGCGUGCAAGUGGACGAGGCGAUUCACCCGCUGCCGGAGCUUCCUGGUCCCCCCUUCCUCUCCUACGGUCUGGAAGAGUGUAAAGAGGAGGAGGAGGAGGAGGGGCGUCCCAUUCCGUCAGAAAUGCUCCUGGCUGAAGAUAAUGGCCACGGUGACCCCGAGUGGUCGCCCCCGAAGGAAGAGGUUUUGGCAGAGAUGGUGGAUAUGGUGGGGUUGGGCGUCCUUGAAGAAGAGUCUCCAGCUGAUAGUGACGCCCAAACAGAAGUUGUUUUGCAGGUGUGUGCGGAGACAUCACUGCUGAGCUCCUCAGACAGACAAAAGCCUCUCAUCAUCCUGCCGGACACGAGCGACGUCACUUCUGAGGAGAAGGUGAAGUUCGUUUGCCCAUUGAUCCUCAAGGUGGAGUCACCACCUCCCAAACCAGACAGCUUGAAGGAGCCCGUUCGGGCCGAGCCUCAGCAGUCGUGCGUCAGCACGGCCAGGGGAACCGCCUACAGUCCGUCCCUGUCUGAUGGAGCCGUGACUCCCGUUCCGGUCGGGGUGUGGGAACGGAUCCACGUACCAAAGGAGACGCAGGACAAUCUACACUUGAAACUGAAGUUGACCUCUCCGGAUCGAAAGCUGCUGCGUCCUUGCGCUGUGCAGCUGGUGAACAUGCUCACGUUGCCUGAUCCGGCGACGGAGCUACAGGACCACGUCGCCAACAGCAGAACCGGUUGGCGCCUGCCCAAAGACCUCCGUCGCCACCAAGGCCUCCACACAGGCCACCGCCUCUGCUGCUUCACCUCGUGUGAUGACGGCGUUUGGCGUCUCCAGAGUGUCGUCGGGCACUCCCGGGACGGCUAUGCCUGCAGCAACUGCGGGAAAACGUUCAAACACAGGAAGAUUCUGCGGCGGCACGAGCGAUUCCACACCGGGGAAAAACCAUACCCCUGCUCGGUGUGCUCCAAGACAUUUGCGCUGAGGAAGAGCCUCCGCCGACACCUGCGGUUCCACACGGGCGAGAGGCCGCACACUUGCACGCAUUGCAGCAAAAGCUUCCGCCUGCGGGAAAAUCUGAAAUCACAUUUGAGGUUCCACUCCGGAGAAAAGCCCUUCAAGUGCGCCACGUGCGGGAAGACGUUCAGGAUCCAGAAGAAUCUGGAGAAACACAACAUGAGCCAGUGUGGAUACUUUGUCCCGUCGUUCAGGAUGAUUGCUGGUUUUUAGCUGUGAUCGAGCUGCUGCCAGUGGCUGCACCAAUUUCUACCUCGGACUGAAAACACUGAGUCGCUAUUGUUGACAAAUGUCACGUGAAGUCGAAAUAAGAAAAGUUAAAUCUGAGAGAAACAGAUUGAGGCGAUUCCAGAAAUUAGAGAGCCAUUCCAGAAAGUUUUAUAAUUCUCAGUUACUGUUGGACGGGGGCAUUUUUUAUAUAUCUUUUUUUUUAGAAAACAUAUGCUACUGAUGUUUUUGACUUAUACUUCCUUUGUUUCUUAUUUCUUGCCAUAUGUUUGCUCUCGGUAAUUGUGAACAAAUAAUGAAACCGAGAGUGACUGUGUGUAAAGGUUUUACAGCUGCUCAACAUUUUUUAGCAUUAAACCUUCUAAGGGUUGGAGCUGAUCAAUAAAACCAGUUACAGUUAAAAGGAUCGUCACCUGCCAAACAUUCCUAGUUACAUAUCCAGAUAUUCCACUGUCGUUUGUGUUUGAUGUCUAUUUUUCUUUUUUGAUGUCUAUAUUCUCUAAGUGUUUGGGUUUGUGUUCAUAUUCCGAUUACUGAAUGUAUGUAGUCUUUUUUCUUCCCAUGCCUUAGUUGCCACGUUGGCUAAAAGAAACAGUUUGGAAUAAUUGUUGUGCUAUGUUCUUGUUGGCUUAAAAAAGGCUUUAUAUUCCUUAAUACAUACGUUAUACCCUGACAAGUUUUUAUUUAAUCCUUUUUAAACCUCAGUUUUUUCUUAUGCAUUAAUAGAAAAAAGACAUUUUUGUGACACAGA